GUAUGGAUGUGGCAUUGCGAGACGACGAAGAGGAGUACAGGCGACAUGUGGCUGGCCGGGGAGCAGCAGAUGGGCAAGUGGGUGGGUGUGCCUCGUGGCAUAGGGCGCAUGGGUGUAGUCCUGCCGCCACGACACGGAUCCGAGGAACACGAGACUUCACAGGACACGAGCAGGGGCAUGACGAGAAGCUCACCAACACGGAGACGACGACCACACGGCUGCGGCGGCGGCGCCGGGCGCACGUCACACGGCACCCACAGGUCUCAGGACGAGCAUCCGCGAGUCCGCGCGGCCAGAGUGACGCACGAGCUCGCGUGUGCGCCUCUCGGACCCACAGCAUCGCGAUGCCGGCACGUCCAACGGCACAGCGACGCGGCGCCUGGACGUAUCGCAGCGCCGCGAGGAGCAGCGCAGAGGCCACGGCCGGCUGCCUCACGCGCGCACACCCAGAGCGGGCUCACUCACGACCUCAGCAGCAGGAACAGAAUCCCGCGCAAAGACUGCACAUGUCGCGCAGACGACCACGGCCACGACGCCGCUGAUGAAGGCGACGCAGCGGCCGAGGCGACGAUGACCAGUGAGCAAGGCUGGCAGUCAGGACGAGGAUGGCGAGAGACGUGCGACGGAGGGAAUGAGAAGAAUGGUGUCCAUUGCGGAGGAUGAGGAGCAGGGUGGGCACAGCGGGGGGGACGGGUGGGGAGGUUGUGG